AUGUUCGACGAGGCACAAAAAUCGAUUUCUCUCGCCGACCAGGCUCCUCCGCGCAGCAACAUGUCCUCUCGCCGAUCUGAGAGCAACAUGUCCUCUCGCCGAUCUGAGAGCAACAUGUCCUCUCGCCAAUCUGAGAGCAACAUGUCUUCUCGCAUCAGUAAACUAGAGAGCGAAAUGUCCGCUCUUCGAAUGGACGGAGCUAUGGUUAAGUCAUCUCGUCGAUCAGACACCUCCAGCCGUCAAGGCAGUUCUGUGUCUUUUCGUGCUGGACCAGAUAGCAUCGUCUCCUCAAACGCUCCAUCCAAGGCUAGUCGGUCGUCCAAGGCUAGUCGGUCGUCCAAUGCAUCCUCUGCCACUGUUCGGGCGGCUGCGUCUGAUUCUGGGCUCUCCUCAACCUCUUCAGUGGCGCGCUACAAGAGAUCACUUCCGCUAGCUGUGCAGAAAUUACUUGACUCGGUGCCCGAAAACUCGGUGGCGGAAAGCUCGGUCUCAUCUAGGUCGAUACCGACACCGGGCCACGUGAUUGGCGAGGUGGACGAGGAUGACGAAGUGUCCGUUGCGCCGUCAAGCUCUGUCAGCAACUGGUCCAAGAAUGAGGCCAAGGCAAAGAAGAGGAGCGGCGGCAGCAAGAUGUCCAAAAGCAGCAGCAGCAAGAUGUCCAAAAGCAGCAGCAGCAGCAGUCGGCGCUGA